UCAAGCUCCGGGCUCGGGCGAAAUGCCUCUUUCUCUUCUGAGGCGGGCGAUUGACAUCUUUUUGGCCCAACAUCACGGAGUCGAGUUCUGUUCCUUUCUUCAUCAACCCUCGUUGGCAGCUGAAACAGUGGGCACAGAGCACCCGUUCCUAUGCAGAUCCAUCAUUGCACUCUCUGCUCUUGAUAUGUGCGACAGUGAGGCUCAGACCUACGGUUAUAGCUCUCUUGAAGUCUUGUCCGAGCACUUUGCGGAUCUUGCUCGAGCGUCUGCCCGUACGACCAUUGACCAGCCGUCCAUACCCUCAAUACAGGCCAAUCUAGUUCUUGCAAUGUACGAACUCCUGACUCGUGACGGAAUCAAGGCGUGGAUGUUUUCAGGCGUCGCCACCCGGCAAGCUCAGGCCCUACGUCUUGGAGUCGAACUACAUAGUAAACAUUCUGCCCGGGAGAAAGAAACGCGACGACGCGUGUUCUGGGCAUGCUUCAUCAUGGAUCGUCUCGUCGCCUAUACUUGCUCUCGACCACAAAUGAUCGGCCUGGAAAGUGUGCGGCUUCAACUUCCUUGCCCAGACCGUUUGUUUGCUUUCGGAGAUGACUACAAUGGCCCAAACCUCAACACCGUAAUGAGCCAUAUUCAUCAGAUCGUAUCGAUUGGACUAAUGCCUUUUUUCAUCUGCAUAUUGAGCUUGUGGAGCGAAAUCGUCUAUCUCCAGAUGAGGGAUGGUCGAAGGGGUGCUCUUCAUCCACCCAGUGAUCCCAAUGGCCCUUUUAGCAGACUGGAAAUCCAAGUCGAGGAGUUUCAAGCUGCCCUGCCACUCAAGGCACAGUGGAGCCCUGAGAACUACAGAGCUUACAACUCCAUGGGCCAGGGGAAACUGUUCAUCUAUCUCCACCUACUGCUGAAUCAUGCUAGGUUCGCCCUACACCAAGAGUACCUUCCGCAGCAGGACGGGCCGGUACUAAUCAUGGUGGAUGGGGACAAUAACAACGCAAAUGACACAGAGAUGGAUGGCGCGGGCCUGUCUUUGAACUACACGGAUGACCGGAUCAUUUCGGUUUGUCUUUCGGGAGCGUCUGCGAUUGCAGAGAUAGUAUCAUUCAUUUGGAACGCAGAAGAUGGCACGAGCCGCGAACCGUUGCGGUCUGUCGUGGCAGUGCACCCAAUAAUGGCGGCGGCGGCAGUCCAGAUGUGGGCACAAUACACACGACAACAAGGCCCGGAGCACGACGACACCGCAACCACACCGCAGACGGCCUACAAGGACAAUGUGAUUUUGUUCGCGACCGUUAUUCAAUCUUGGAAGCCACGAUGGAAGAUUGCGUACGCAUUCGACGAAACCCUCGACUCGGUCCAACGUCUCUAUGAAUCCUCUUACCUGACCAGCCCGUGGGACAACAACGACGCAAGUUUCGGUGGUGUGGCGGACGACGAGGAUCUGCCGGGCGGCGAGACAAACUCCACCCCCUGCGUGCAUUCGGGGAACACCGUGGAAGGUGGCGGUGGUGGCGCCGCUAUACUUGUCGUCACGGGCGACGGGAAUGCGAACGCGACGCCGGAGGUGGCCGAAGGGAGUGGUCUGCCGGACCCGGAACAGGUCUGCCAGCGGUUGUUCGACAAGAUCCGUUACACCAUGCUGGUGUCGCUCGAGGCGCCCGACGUCAAGAGACGGAUGUUGAAUGUGUACUUGAGGACGCUGUGGAUCCACGUCUGGAAGUCAACAACAACGACUGGGGAAGACUUUGUAGAUUGGGAGCAGUGACAAUUUCUAGUUUCUCGUUUCGAAAAAAAGGGUGUCCAUACGGAAAAACUUGGCUAGGCUUUGAUUGUGGCUUCCUUUUUAUUAUUAUUAAAAGCUGAGAAACACUGUGCAAGAAAAAUGUACGAGACAGUCCAGUGACGCUCAGCUCC